GGGGUUAAAAUGCAUUUCCAGAAUAGAGUUCAGAGAAAGGCUGGGCUGCUAGUUGCUGGUUUAAGGACAAAGGGUAAGUUUCAGGAAGCAGAAAGCAAGCAGAUGAAAUUCAGCACUGGAAUCAGGGGAGUGUCUGAUUUGCAAAAGGAAAAUGAAAAGACGGCUCCUCCCUUCCGAGCAAACGAAACCAACAGCAGCCCAGGCUCAGUCAGCAGAAGAGAUAAAAGUGAACAGGUCUGGGAGCCAGUUCUGUUGCCACUGUCUCUCCUGUCGAUGAUGGAUCUCAGAAAAACCCCAGCCAAAUCUCUGGACAAGUUCAUUGAAGACUAUCUCUUGCCAGACACGCAUUUUCGCAUGCAAAUCAACCAUGCCAUUGACAUCAUCUGUGGGUUCCUGAAGGAAAGGUGCUUCCGAGGUAGCUCCUACCCUGUACGUGUGUCCAAGGUGGUAAAGGGUGGCUCCUCUGGCAAAGGCACCUCCCUCAGAGGCCGAUCUGACGCUGACCUGGUUGUCUUCCUCAGUCCUCUCACGACUUUUCAGGAUCAGUUAAAUCGCCGGGGAGAGUUCAUCCGGGAAAUUAGGAAACAGCUGGAAGCCUGUCAAAGAGAGAGAGCAUUUUCCGUGAAGUUUGAGGUCCAGGCUCCACGCUGGGACAAUCCCCGCGCGCUCAGCUUCGUGCUGAGUUCGCCCCAGCUCGGGGAGGGGGUGGAGUUCGAUGUGCUGCCUGCCUUUGAUGCCCUGGGUCAGUUGACUGGCGGCUAUAAACCUGACCCCCAAAUCUAUGUCGAGCUCAUCGAGGAGUGCGUCUCCCUGCAGAAAGAGGGCGAGUUCUCCACCUGCUUCACAGAACUACAGAGAAACUUCCUGAAGCAGCGCCCCACCAAGCUCAAGAGCCUCAUCCGCCUAGUCAAGCACUGGUACCAAAAUUGUAAGAAGCAGCUUGGGAAGCUGCCACCUCAGUAUGCCCUGGAGCUCCUGACAGUCUAUGCUUGGGAGCAAGGGAGCACGGAAACAGAUUUCAACACAGCCCAGGGAUUUCGGACGGUCUUGGAAUUAGUCAUAAACUACCAGCAACUCUGCGUCUACUGGACAAAGUAUUAUGACUUUCAAAACCCCAUUAUUGGAAAGUACCUGAGCAGGCAGCUCAGGAAACCCAGGCCUGUGAUUCUGGACCCGGCGGACCCUACAGGAAACCUGGGUGGUGGAGACACAAAGGGUUGGAGGCAGCUGGCACAAGAGGCUGAGGCCUGGCUGAAUUAUCCAUGCUUUAAGAAUUGGGAUGGGUCCCCCGUGAGCUCCUGGAUUCUGCUGGCUGAAAGCGACAGUGAAGACGAUGAGUCCUACGAUCCCAGGAUGUAAACCUGACACCGGUUGGCAGAAGGCACUACACCAAUAAUUAGUGAACAUGUGGUGAAUUUGCAGCAGACAAGAGGAGCCUCAUUAUCCUAUAUUUUCCAGUUUGCUUAGGGAGGCAGGAAUCACAGCAAGGAAAAUCUUCAAUAAUAAACAGACAUCUCAUAAAAUUAAUUGCAACCCAACCUCUCUCUCUACUUAAAAUUAGCAUCUAUUUCCAGCUCUGCUUUCAAUGCCCCCAUAUGCAUACAUGUGAACUCCCUCCCUC